AUGCUUUCUUUCGUUCUUUCUUCUUCUUGUCAUAUUUCUUUCUUUAUUCUGCUGCGUUUUCAUCUCUCUAUGUCUUUCUUCUAUUUUCUUUCUUUCUUUCUUUCUUUCUUUCUUUCUUUCUUUGUACAGUUUUCUUUUCUUUCCUUUUUCUUCAAUUUCCUUUCUUCAGUUUUCUUUUUUCUUUCUUUCUUUUUUUCUUUAAUCUCUUUUUCUUUCUUUUUCCAGUUAUCUUUCUUUUUCAAAUUUUACAUAUUUUUCUUUCUGAUUAUUCUUUCUCCAAAUUACCAUAAUUCUUUCUUUCUCUCUUUCUUUCUUUCUUUCUUUCUUUCUUUCUUUCUUUCUUUCUAUUUUCCCUUCUUUCUUUCUCAUCAUUCCUGCUUAUUUCUUUCUUUCUUUCUCGGUUUAGUCCUUUUUUCGACUAAUAUUCCUCUUUACUCUUUCGUUUCGCCUUGA